AUGUCUAAUCCCUCUGGUUUUCUCCUGGCCGUUUCCUUUGUCCUCACAACUCUGAUCAUCUCCUUGUCGACCGUCGAAGCAGGUGGUGACCACCACUUGAUCAACUGGGUUCCGACCAAGGCUGGCUGCCAGGGCUCCAUGGCUGAAUGCAUAGCUAACGAUGAGUUUGGUAUGGACUCCGAGAUCAACAGGCGCAUAUUGGCAACCACGCAGUACAUAAGCUACGGAGCUCUGCAGAGGAACACCGUGCCAUGCUCUCUCAGGGGUGCAUCCUACUAUAACUGUCAGCCAGGCGCACAAGCUAACCCCUACAGCCGAGGUUGCAGUGCCAUUACCCGUUGCCGUAGUUAA